ACAGGGAUCAAGUACGUCUGGGCGCCAAAUCGCUGCAGCGAGCGCUCUUAUUGACCAUGAUUAGGCAUCUCUUUUGCAUUGCGGCAGCCAGCGCAUUGCUCGCGCCGACCGUGCCCCGGGCCGCGCCGGCGGCCCCGCUGUCCAUGGGCGUCGAGGUGGGCGGUGGCAUCAAAACCGUCUCAGCGACGAUCGCCGCCUUCGAGUCGAACUACCCGAAGCCCGUCGCGACGCUGUGGCGGUCACCGAUCAACGACAUGCUCCAGACGACGCACUUAAGUGUCGUGAACCAGGAUUUCAAGUACGACGCGUUGUUUGGGUACGGCUUCCUGACGCUCAUGGACCUGAUCAUGGGCACGUACCCGGUCGCCGGCGAGGGCGACAAGAUCACGGACGCUCUUAUUUCUGCCUUAGACUUCGAUCCCCAACAAGUUAGGUCGGACAGCGCCGCGAUCAAGGCCGCCGUCGAGGGCUCGACGGAGGCCGAUUUGUUAGCGGCGGCAGCGUCGGGAAGUGGAGCGAUCGGCUCCUGCGUCGCCGAGAUCAAGAGCCGCAGCCCCUACUUCCACACGCGGCCCGGCUCCGUCGGAUUGCUGAACAUCAUGGACGCCGUCAACGUGCCGACGGACAAGGCCGGCAUCGAGCGGUGGGCGGAGCCCUUCGGCUACCGCACGCGGCCGCUCGAGAACAUGUCGGGCCUCCUCAAGGAGUACCGCGACAAGAUAGCCAAUGCCAUGCAGAUGAUGAAGGCCAUGGAGAUCCGCGAGAAAAAACGCAUGGCCGAUGCAUUGGAGGAGAAGGCCAAGGCCGCCCAGGAGAAGGCCGAAGCCGCUGCCGCGUCGGCCGAGGCCAAGUCGGAGUAGAGUUGUGGGUAAGGGCGGUGUUAACUAA